CUCAAACAGAAGGGACAGUAGGGUCGCACAGCUCUAUCUAUCUAUUAACCUACCUUGAAACUUAAAAACUUCAAAAAGACACUAGUUGGCAGUACUGAAGCAGGAUGAGCUAAACCCAAUUAUCUGAAUUGAAUCCUUUAAACUAAAGGGUUUAAAACCGGAUCAAUAAGCCCUAGUUUCUUUGCUUGAUGAGCCAAACCCUGUAUUUUUAGCUCAAGAUGUCUAAACUAGAACGUCUAGUUAAACUCUUUUUUUCACCAUAGCUUCUCAAAAAAGUAUUAAAUCAACAGCGAAACCGUGCAUUCGAAAUAUGCAGAUGUUAAGAAGUGAAAAGUAAAGCACUUUAAUCUCUGUAUGAACGGGUGAUAACAAACAAACAGUAAUUAAACAACAGCUAACCCGUAGUUGGUCGGUUCAACCGAGAGCAUGGAACUCCGGGUUCAGGUUAUCCUAACUAUUCUUCUACACCUGGUCUGCGUAUCUACAGGAUAUAGAGAUCAAGGUUUUCCAACCAGUAUAACCUGUUUCACCUGCUCGAAUAGAACCAGUAACCCUGGGUGUAACCAGGUAGCAGUUGAUCGGCCUUGUCCAGCUCAUCUACCUGCCUGUAUGUCCAGGCAUAAUCUUUCUAAUGGCAGAACUAUUUCUGUGAGUAAAACCUGCAGUACUAAGCAGGAGUGUACACAGUUAACAGGGUGUUAUAGAGAUCAACAACUGCAGGUUUGCAUAUCCUGCUGUGAUGAAUCGUACUGCAACGAGGGUAUACCCUGGACACCUGUACAAGCUGUGUACAUAAAAUCAGAUGCAGAUUCUAUACUUAAAGCCAGCAUAUACAAAUUGUUUGUACUAUUAACAGUUGUAGUUCUAGUUAUUGACGGAUGGUGUAAGAGUUGAUGUCGGAAAACUUUAUUCAUCUUUUUCUUCAAGAAUAUUGUAUUAAAUUUUUAUCGUAGAUUUUCUAGCAUCUUCUUUUGUGCACUAUUAUAAUUUUGUUUUAGAAGUCCAGCCCGAAAGAUUUUAAAAAAUAUUUCAAUCUUUUUAAAGUGAUUUUAUUAGAAAUUCUCAUCUUUCUUGAGUAAAACCAAAAAAAACCAAAGCGUUGUUCAUUAAAACCAGCUGCUCACCAAAUAAAAUGAUGAAAUUAGUUAGGUUGCAGCAAGGUACUAAUGCAAGGAAAGUUAUUUCAGAGGUGCACGCAUU